CUUACGCACUAUUUACGCACCGCACGCAUCCAAACACAACCCUGGGCGCUCAUGCCGCAUCACUGAUGAAAACGUGUAGACAUAGCUGAUUUGUGUACGGUUUCCAUAAUACACGGUGCACCAUAAAAAUAAUAAUAGUGUUAAUAAUUUUAUCAUGUUUUGAACUUUUUUCCCUAAAAGUAUCGACGGUGUGUACGUUCAAAGAUUUUUAAUUUAUUCUAGUUGAGUUGCAACAUUGUUCCUUUUUUUUUACAAGUUUUUCAUUAGUUUUUUUUUAGUAUUACACAUACUCGUCGCUUUCUAAACGAGAACAGUUUAGUUUACGAAUGCAUCCAAAACUGCAGUUGCACGUUCAAUGUGUUUUUAAAUUUGGCGCGUGCGUGUAAUCGGACAUAUUUAUUUCAUUACUCUAUUUUAAUUUACAUAUAGUUUAUUUUUAAAUUAAAUAUUAUAAUUUAAGUAUAACUUUAUAUUAAUUAUAUCAAGUUUUGAUUUAUAAAAAAAAUUAACCCCAGAAACACUUAGUACAAAAUGAGUAAAUCUCAGACUGAAAAUGAAACUUCAAACGGAGUUUGUUUAGAGAAUGAUAAGUUAGCAAAUUCUAUCAAAGACGAUUUAAAAAUUAAUUCAGAUAAAAAUGAUGUUGACACCCAAACAUCAAGUGACGGUGAAAAUCCAGGACCAACCACAGGUAAAUUAUCAGAAGGUGUCCGCAGAGGUAUUUGUAAAUGGUUUAAUUCCAAAAAAGGUUUUGGUUUUGUCACUCCUGACGACGGCGGUAAAGAUGUUUUUGUACAUCAACGAGUAAUUAAAAAGGAAGGAUUCAGAUCCCUCAGAGAAAAUGAGCACGUGGAAUUUACUUGUCAUGAAUCAGAUAAAGGUCUAGAAGCUACUCGAGUCACUGGUCCUGGUGGUAGACACUGUAAAGGGUCAAAAAAAGCAUAUCCUCCUAAAAGACUGAGAUGUUAUAACUGUGGAGACUUUGCUAAUCAUAUAGCCGCUAAAUGUACAGAAGGUCCAAUGCCUAAACGUUGUCAUAACUGUAAAUCAACCGAACAUUUAAUAGCUGAUUGUCCUUACGCACAGACAAAAAAUACUGGAAAUAAGACAAAUAAAAUUUCUCAAAAAAAAUCAGACCGACAAAAACAAAAAUCAAAGUCUAAGUCAGAAGAUAGUAAUCCUGACAGUGAGCUUCCAGAUGAUUCAUCUAAACUUAACGGAGAUGAAAAUAAUGACAAACAAGAAAGCUCCAUUUGAGUAUUACAAAUAAUAACAUAAAAUAAUAAUUAACUUUAAAUACAUGGAGAUUAAUAUUUUUUUUUAUUAAUGGAGUUUUACAAUAUACCUUAGAAAAGACUUUAUAUACCAUUUUGUAAACUAUUUUUUUCUAAUUUUAAUGUUGACAACAAUUAUUCAUCAAAUAAAAUAAUUUAUUUGUAUAAAUUUUUA